GUGUGGAUACGAUAGAAAAAACACGACGUACGGAUAGGGUUAAAGUAAAGAGCGCAUUGGCACAAUAAUUGUCAUUUAGUGCUCUCAGAAUACAAAGUUGUGAAGAGAGAAAAGGAGAAAUUAUCAGCUUCCCCAACACAUGACACUUUCUUGGCUUUGUCUUUCAGACAACGUCAGAAGGCAAAGGCUGCCGCGACCUCCGACGGCAGUGUGCAGGUGGGAAGGCCUCUAGAGACCCGGGCAGACGCCAGAAAAACUGAGGAGCGGCGCGCCAAGAACCGUCUGGCCCAACAGAAGCGGCGCGCCAACAUGAGCUCCCAGAAAAAGAGACGUGAGAGGGAGCGCAACCGGGCUUAUUUACAGCGGAAAAGGGAUGUCCCGUUACCGAAGACCCCACCAGCGCAAGAGCCUGCUCCUUCUACAGGAGUGAGUGCUUCCACGGUUUCAAGAGUGAAGAAGAGGUUUGGUAGGAAAUUGUUGCCUUCUUUGAAGUGCCUUAUGAAGUCCCUCUUUAGGAAGGAUCCCAAGAAACUUUUACAACAAGGUUUGUCUUAUUCCUCCCCCUCAAAGUGUCAAACUCCUGGGCCAGAUUUGGGUAAUUUUUUGAAGAGGAGGAGGGAUAGGUCAAGCCUUGUUGUAAAACGACUUUUUGCUGGCUCUGAUGUGUCUUCUUUGUACAAACGAAGAAAGUUUAAAGAUGACGGAGCUGCUGAGGGUUUUUUCCGAGAUCGAUCCGUUCACAUCCCAGGGAAGCAAGGUGCUACAAAGCACGGGACUCGGAAAAUCCUCAGCAGUUCUGUCAAAUCUUUGUACAAAGAUUUCACUUCAGAGCAUGGGCCUCUUAUUUCGCGGUCGACUUUCUUUCGAAAGAGGCCCAAAAAUGUUUUGUCUUUCACAAAGACUCCCUUUCGUCAAUGUCUUUGUGAAAUAUGUUUGAAUCCUAUGCUUAUAAUGAAAGUUCUUAACAGUUUUAUAUCUUCGAGAGUGGACACACUGUCAGAAUUGAUUAGUUUGACUCUUUGUGGUGAGAAUGUUAAGUGUAUGCGGCGUGAAUGUGAUGAAUGUGGAGUGAAUGCAGUUGAUUGUUUGGUGGAGAAUGUUGAUCGGGAGAAAGUAGUUGAGUGGCAGAGAUGGGAGCGAGUGUGCAAGAAUGGGUCUUCUCGUAUAGACCAGGUGAAGAAGAAUGGCACUCUACUUGAAAUGUGUGAACAGCUCAAGGUUGAUUUGGGGAAGUUGCCUCUCCAUGAUUUUGUUCACAGGUGGCAGAGCCGUGAGUACAGGACUCUGGUAGCAGAUGUUCCAGAUGGCUGGGCUGUUCUGACAAUGGAUUUUGCUGAAAACUACUUGUGUCGACAGCAAGAUCAGCCUCAGUCAGCCUACUUUGGGUAUACGCAAGUCACGGUGCAUCCAUGUGUAUUGUACUAUAGAUGCUCUUGUGGCUUGCGUGUGACCGAGAACUGGUCAUAUGUGUCAGAUGUUCUGGCUCACAGCUCUUCCAUGGUUGACGUCAUGUUGAGAAAAGUUGUAAAUUAUGUGUGUGGUUUGUCUGGAAUGUCUAAACUUGUUAUUUUCAGUGACGGGUGCAGUUCUCAGUACAAGUCUAAACUUCCUUUUUUGUAUUUGUCCAGGUAUGUUGAUUGUGGUAUCAGUAUAGAGAGGUGUUUUUUUGGUGCUCGACAUGGGAAGAAUCCCUGUGAUGCACCGGGAGGCUUGUUAAAGCAAGCAGCCUUCCGUGCAGUGCAGAGUCGGAGAUGUGUAAUCCAGAAUUCUGUGGAUCUACUGCAUUUUGCACAAGAUACCCUUCAGAUUGAGACUGUGUGA